AUGUCCGUGUACGUCGUUACUGGAGUAUCGAGGGGAAUCGGGUUUGAGUUCGUCAAGCAGCUCUCGGAAGACCCGAACAACCUAUUUGUCGGCCUGGUCCGGGACAAAGCCGCAACCGAGAAGAAGGUGGCAGCAGAGCUAGGCGAUCAUUCUAAUGUCCACAUCCUCCACGCAGACCUCACCGACUACGCUAGCCUAAAGCAAGCCGCUGCCGACACUGCUGAGAUUGUUGGCGAGCGCGGUAUCGACUACCUGAUUGCUAACGGAGGUAUCGUGCCCUACUUCGACGGCUUUGGACCCAUCGGCGCGUUGAGCGACAAGGUCGAGGAGCUAGAGGCUGUUUCCUCGCAGCUAUGGCAGACGAACGUCAUCGGCAACGUGCACCUGUUUCACCUCUUCCUCCCUCUUGUCUUGAAGAGCAAGGUCAAGAAGGUCAUCACCAUUUCCACGGGUCUUGCGGACAUUGACUUAACCAACGAUGUCGAGAUUGAUAUUGGUUCCUUAUACGCUGCCUCCAAGGCAGCUAUGAACGUUAUUGUCGCCAAAUUCAACGUGCAGUAUAAGAACGACGGCGUGCUGUUCAUGGCUAUCAGCCCGGGAGUUGUGGAGGUGGGCCACUAUUCGAGUAUCACUCCAGAAGAGACGCAGGGAUUGAUGGGAUUUGUAGGCAAGCUUGCGGCCUAUGCGCCUCAUUUCAAGGGCCCAAUCUCGACAGAAGAAUCCGUGCGAGCGGUCAGGUCGGUCUGGGAGAAGGCUAGUAUCGAGAAUGGGAAUGGUGGUGCGUUUGUCUCGCAUCUUGGAAACAAGCAGUGGGUGUAG